CAAGAAGCGCUCCACCUUUUACCUGUGAAAAUGACCUUCGUUCUGAGAAGGAGCCUGCUGGGUAAGACCAUGCGCCGUGCAGUCGGCAUGGCUGUGUGUGGGGUCACGAAGAUGACCCUACCCAAGACAAACAGUCACAGACUGCUGCACGUAGGUGAGCGGGCCUCACUGACCAAGGCUUUCACGGCCAGAGACGUCGCUCUUUUUGCGGAGCUGACCGGAGACACAAACCCGCUUCAUCUCGACCCCGAGUUCGCCAAGACGACAUCUUUCGAAACUCCCAUUGUUCACGGCGUGUUGAUUAACGGCCUCAUCUCAGCAGUUCUGGGGACUAAAAUGCCCGGCACAGGCUGCGUCUUUCUCUACCAGGAAAUUCGCUUCCCAGCACCCUUGUACAUCGGGGAGGAGGUGGUAGCCGAGGCCGAGGUGAAAAAGAUCAAAAUGUCAUUUGCCUUUAUUUCUGUUUCCUGCUCAGUUAAAGACAAAGUGGUUAUGGAGGGAGAAGUGAUGGUCAUGAUGCCAGAGGACUCCCAAGGACCUUGAAAAGGACUGAAGGACGUAUAUGAAACUUUCAUUUGGGACUUUAAUUUCUUCAUUUGAGCACCAAAUUCUAUAAAUUGCCUGUUGUGGAAGUUGGAGAGCUGUUUUGUUUCCUUAUCAGAGAUACAAAUGAUUUAUUUAGAAACCAUUAUUAUAUAAUUUUGGAGGUUUAUAUGUAUCCUUUAUGAGAGAAAGCCUUUGAUAAAGUGUGCAAUAUGCAGAUACACAGAGCUUAAAGUAGUCUUGGGACACACUCUGGAUACAGUUUGUCUUGUUUAUUUAUUACUUUCCAAGAAAAUUUCCAUUUAAUCAUUCAUAUCCAUCAGAAACGUUAUCAGCAAUAACAACCAGGUUUACUAACAAAAUUUUAAAAUGAUCUUAUUAAUUAACUUAAAUAAGGCAAGUAAAAGCACUUGUACAUUUGUGUACAAGUUGUACAUCUAUUCUAUUAGAUGACAGCUUGAAGGCUUCUAGGCCUGGAGUGCCUGAGUUUGCACAACUUAUGAUUUGCCACUUCUCUUAUGGAUGGUCAGAGCAUGGCAGGUGUCUUUUCACAACUAAAGUACAUUUUUCAUUUUUGAUUUUGGAAUUUUCAGCUAACCUGUGAUCUUUCUCACACUUUAUUUCUGAUAGAGAUCUUUUUUAAAUUCAGCUCCAUGGUAAUUCAAUCUGUCUUUUAGAAAGACAUUUAGAGUGUGGAUUGGUCAGAUGUGUUGGAUGGUAAAAUAUUGGACCAAAAGUAUUGAUGCAAGUUAAAAUAUAGCUGAAAUGAUGUAGUUAUGAAUAUAGUAAAGCGCAAUUUCCACAAUGCUUUAGCCAAUUAAAACAUUCUAAAAGACAAACGAUGGUAUAAGUGCCCCAAACUGCUUUUGAGCAGUGUAUAAGGAACACGGCCUAAUAGAAAAAGGAACCAAAAUGUUCUUUCUUUCACAAAUUGGCCCACCCUGUGAGAUGCAUGAACUCUGUCAUGUUGAGCCGUUAGCAGGCAUUAUGCAUUAAAAGCUUACCUAGGCUUUCUGAAAAAAACGAAAGAGUAACAGAAUCCAUUCCCCAAAACAAAAUUUUACUUUCAAUUCAGUAUAUAUUCCUGGGUGCUUUUUUCUUUCACGCGUGGUUUGGCUUUGGUUGCAGUCCGUAUCCAACAGUAGUGCUGUGAAACCAGCUCUGUGAAUCUUCAGUAUGUAAUUCUGGUUUAGGCCAGUUUCCCAGUAAAAUGUGCUGCUGGGAUUUGACGUGUCUUGACACAUUAAAAUAUCUGCAGUCUAUUUUUCA